GAAGAGUCCCGGUGACCCAGAGAGCUCCACCAAUGGGAAGCGAGCUCGGCUCGACCUCUCCAACCUCCCAGGCGGGAUCGAGACCUUCAAACUCGUGGCGUGUUUCUGCUAUGGAGUUCCCGUUACAAUCACUCCUGCUAAUGUCACAGCUCUCUACUGCGCAGCGAUUUACCUUGAUAUGAGUGACGACCCCCGUGCUGCCAUGUGUGGUGGGCCUAUGACAACCUGCUCACCCUCGCCUCUCGCACCUCACCUCCUAUCUCUCCCACCCCCGGGCUGCUCUCACCGUGCUCCAAUCGUGUGAUGCCAGCUCAGCGGUGCGAGCGAAUGCUGAGUCAGCAGGGCUGCUGCAGAGUGCAGUGAACGCGUGGCUCGAUUGGCUGUGAAAGAAGCGGAAAGGGAUGGCCAUAUCGGCGAUGGCACUGAGGAUGCUGCUGUGUGGUGGUGGUGGUGCUGCUGCUGCUGCUGCUGCGGGGGGCUGCUGGUGCUGCCGCUGCAGCUGCUGGAGUCUCGGCUUCUGUUUCUGGUGCAGACAAGGCGAAGGGUGGAGAGAAGGCCAAGGAUAGAGCUCAAGCGGACGCUGAGGUGAAGUCAGAAUCUGCUGCUGGCGCAGGCCCCUUGUGGCUGUCGCCCCAGCUACUGCAGCUGACCCUCCCCACGUUUGUCACGCUGCAUGGUGCAGUGAGGGCCAUGGGUAUGAGCGCGGUGCAUCUGUGUGCUCUGCUGGAGGCCUACUGCAACACGUGGCUUCCCUUCCCUGUGGACGUCACAUCCACGUCAGCAUCACUGUCAGCCACGCCAGCUGACGCCCAGGCAACGUCCACGUGGAAGGAGACUCUAGAAGCAGCGGUUUUGCUGCUGGUCCCGCUCUCUACGCGCCCAGCGGCCUCAGGAGGAACGGUGGCCUCACGAGGCCCAGCAGCCUCAGGAGAUGCCCUGGGGCCGCCUUCCAUGCAGCUGCUGGUGCGCCUGCUGCGGCUGUGCCCUGAAGUGGAUGCCAGUGAAUCCUCCAAAGCGCAGCUGCAGUGCAUGAUCGGCCAUCGCAUCACAGAGUGCGAAGUCGAUCACCUACUUCCUCUCCCUCCCUCGGAGAUCCUCGCUCUCCUUGCUAUAUUCUCAUCUGCUGCUGCCUCAAGCUCUUCCUCUGCUGCUGCAACGAUCCCCACAACCGGUUCUCCUAACACAGUUGGUGAAGGCAGAGAUCCCACCAGUCUCGCUCAAGCUGCGUCCCUUGUUGACACUUACUUAAAGGUCGUAUCUACCUCCCCAGCGCCACCGCUAUGCUUCCUGACUCCUUCGUCUCCCUUGCAACAGCACUGCCCCUUUCCUGCCGUCCAUCACACGAUGCUCUGUAUGAAGCAGUGGCAGCUUAUGUUGCAGCCAGAGGGUGGGGGGUGGGGUCUGGGAAGGCAGGGGGAGAGGGGAUUGGAGGUGGGGGGAGAGGAGGAGAUGAGGUGAAGCUGCUGGUAGGACUGAUUCAGCCAGAGAAGCUUUCAGAGCCUGUGGCUGAUAUUGCUUCGUCGACCUCCCUUUGGCCACCCUCCUUCACUGUAGCAGUGCUGACGUGGCAGAAGCAGCUGCUAGCACGCCAGGCACAGCAGCUGGUAUCACGGGGCAGAGCGCUGCAGCAGCAGAGGGAGCAGGCCGAGAGGGAGAGGGAGCAGCUUCGGGGGGAGGAGCAGCAGGUGCAGGGGGAGGUGGAGGAGGAGGAGGUUAAGGCUGUAGAUGUGAGGGCGGAUAUAAGGCAGGAGACUCAUGGGCUCACUCAGGCCCUGGUGCAGGUGAGAUCAAGCAUAUCUGACUUGGAACGCGAUGUGGCUGCAGCACUUGAAUCAAAAGCUCGCCCAAAGAAGCCAACCAGUUUUUUCCGAAGGGCUAUUUCAACGGUCUACCCAACGAGCUCGUUAGGAACCCAGAAGACAUAAAAUCUGUGGAGCGUUUUGCUGGUUUCCGCAGGAUUUGAAUCAAGAGAUGUU